UAAUGUCACAAUGAAUAAAUGGAUUAUACAGUGUUAAUGUAUGCUACAUAUUAUAAUAACUUGCUCUAUUUUUAUAUGGCAUCUGUUCAACAUUCCCUCAGCUAUAUAUUUAGAUAUUAAGGCCAGAUUUUUUCCUGUCUGAGAAAGCCACACACAUGCAGUCCAGAUAUGUACUUAUGAACUACAGAUGAUAGCCAUAGUACACAUUCCAAAGAAAACUCUUAUUUUCUCUUCAAAGAGGUGGCCAAUUUGAUUGACACAUGGAGCUAAUUGGAUCCACCCAGACGGCCACUUACGCUCGGCCCAAAACCAGCCACUUCCUGCCCGCCAUUUCCACUACAGCAUCCAGUUAUAGAAGCCACCAACCAGCCCUGACCUUCAACCAGAACUCAAACAUGCCCUGGAAGACUAAUUCAUACUUUAGGACCGGCAGUGCCAUUCCCACUGUAUCAGCCCUCCAAAGAGAAAACCUAGACCUGGUGCGGGCCAAAACCAUGUUUUACCCAUCCAACAGAACGGCUCUCAGCGCACGGUACAUGCCUGAUGAUUGGUACAAAUCCAACCAGAGUAACUACAGGGAGUCAGAAUCAUCCCGGAACAGCGCGGAAAGGCUGCGGAGGGACACUGUACGCUUGAUCCAGGAUAAAGACCAGCAGACCCGCAGAAGUCAGGAGACCACCAGCAAAAAUAUUGGAGAAAGACUUAAUGACAUCAGCUUCUGGAGGUCCGAGCUCAACCAUGAGAUCGACAAUAUGGUGACAGAGAUAACAGCGCUGACCGAUGUUAAAAGGAGAUUGGAACGAGCUCUCGCCGAGACAGAGAGCCCCCUGCAGGUGGCUCAGGAAUGUUUGUUUCACAGGGAGAAACGGAUGUCCAUUGACCUGGUUCAUGAUGGUGUGGAAAUAGAUUUAAUUAAAGAGGUGGAGGUUAUUAAGUCAUGUCAGGAGAGAAUGAGACGACAUUUAGAGAGAGCCAUUGCACAGUUAGCAUCAAACCGUGCAGCCCAACAUGAGCUGGAGAGAGAUUUGAGUGAUAAAGUCACGGCACAGAGAAUUGAUGACAGGUGUCAUUAUCUCAGAAACACUUCUGAUGGAAUCAGUUACUACAGAGGAAUCGAUCGCCUGGACCCAUCUGUAAGUCUUCCAGACACCUGGUCAAAGUUCACUGAUGACAACGUCCUUCAUUCUCAGAGUGAACGAGCAGCAUCGCACAAACUUCGUGAUGAGAUUGAGAUUCUGCUUAAUACCACAUCAAACGAAAUGUGGAACCAGUUUAACACAGUAAAUGUGUCCUUUACCAACCGCAUCUCUGAGACAGCAGACGCCAAGAACAAUUUGCAGACACACCUGGCCAGGACUCUUCAGGAAAUCUUCCAGACUGAAAUGCUAAUCGAAGCUCUGAAAAAGGCGAUGAGAGACAAAGAGAACCCACUUAAAGUGGCCCAGACACGUCUGGAAGAAAGAUCUCGCAGACCCAAUGUCGAACUGUGCAGGGACAACCCUCAUCACAGGUUGAUAUCUGAAGUGAGGGAGAUUGAAGACACCAUUCAGAAGUUAAGAGAAAGAUUGAUGGAGGCGGAAAACACUCUUCAGAACCUGGUGAAGACAAAGGUCAACCUGGAGCAUGACCUGUCGGUGAAGGCCAAUUCUCUAUUCCUGGAUCAAGAGAAGUGCAUGAGUAUGCGGAAGUGCUUUCCAAGCACCCCUCGCUUGGUCGGAUAUACCUAGAUCUUUAAGGACCUCAUCUUGAAUUUGCUUAAUCGUGUCAAGUUUGGCUUCCCAAAUGUAAACCUUUAAGAUAAACCAGCUUUAGUGUUUCCUGACACUUUGAAAACUAAAGUUGCUACAAAAGGUUCUUCACAGCAAUGUCAUAGAAGAACCAUUUUUGGUUCCCAAAAGAACCUUUCAGUCAAAGUUUCUUUAAAGAACCACCUUUUUUCUUACAUUUUAUAGUCUUAAGAGCUGUUUUUCACUACAAAGAACUCUCUAUGAGACAUGAAGGUUCUUCGGCUGUUAAAGGUUCUUUGUGGAACCCUUAAGCCAACAAUUGUUUAUCUAUGACGCUGUGUAGCACCUGUAUUUGCAACAUAAUCUCACAAAGUUUCAUGAUAUAGUCUUGGAAUAUUUUGCUCAUUUAUCCGUGUCAUUGUCAUGGAUCUCACAUUUUUCCUUGUCCGUACAACACAGACUUCUUUUCCGUGUUAGUUUCACGUAUUGGUUACUCAAUUGUUUUUCCUACUUUUAAACCAUUUUCCCAUGGGUUUGGGGAAAAGUAAGUCCGUGUAACAGACACUGUGUCAAUGACACGGAUAAAUGAGCAAAAUAUUCCGGGACUAUAACACAGAAAUUUGUGAGAUCAUGUUGGUAUUUUUAAGAGUACAUCUAAGUAGAAUAGGACCUUUUAUCCCCUCAUUAUUGUUUUUAGUGACAUCUGUUUGUAAGAAGCAGCACACAGUAAUGAUUGUGAUUCUGUUUUUACCUCACCUAGAAUUAAAAAAUUAGGUUAUGUACAUGUAAAUGAUAAUGUGAUAAUGUAUUAAUUCAUCUAUAAAAUGAUGUGGAAC